AAAAGUGCAGCUAAAGUGACGCAAAGGCUGAACCAGAAGCACCACACUGUCAGCUCUCGUGACACCACACUGUCAGAGGAUGCAUGUAGAUGCAUGCGGCAUGGAAAAAACACAUUUUUUCUUUGUGUGUUUCACAGCAGGAAUCCUGUGUUGUUUUGGUGGAAAUGAAGGAAAGACUGCUGUGAAAGCAAAAGAGAGAGCAGAUGUCACCCUACAGACAGGAGAAAGUCCAAGUAAUGCCAAGAUAAUAUGGACUUUUGGAGCUGAAAAUCCAAACAUGCUACUUGCCACCAUAAAGAAGAGAGAGGUGAAGAGUGACUAUGAUGAGUCUUUUAGAGACAGACUGCAGCUGGACAGUCAGACUGGAGCUUUGACCAUCACGCAGCUCAGUGUCCUGGACUCAGGCAUCUACAAGUGGCAGGCCAUCAGCGACACCAUCUCAUGGAAACAGUUUAACCUGACUGUUUAUGGUUCUCUUGGUACUCCCUCCAUUACAGUCAGAUCAUCUUUCAAUACCAAAAGCUGUUCCUCAGUCACAGUGGAGUGCUCAGUGCACAACAGCCAAGACUUGGUCCUGUCCUGGUACAGAGUGGAGGAAAGACUGACAAAUAUUAGCAGUCCUGAUCUGUCCUCCAAGCUGUAUCUGGCUCUGGAAAUAGAAUCCCAUGAAAGAGGCAGUUACAGCUGUAUAGCUGAAAACCCUGUUGAAAAAAAGAUGACCAAACUAUCGGGAGAAGACACAACUAUGAAGAUAGAGUCUGGAGAGUCCAGAAGCUGGUGUCAGACUGAAUCUACGGUAAGACUGGUUAUCUCUACCGUCUUUGGCAUGGCCUUGAUUAUUCUUGUUGUGGACCACAUCAGACUCCGAAGAUAAACCACAUGUGCACCGAAGUUUUUCUCAAGCUUCACAAAAUGCAGUGUGUCAACACAUCCGCUUUAGAGCUGCACAGGACAAUGGGACGUAAUUCUUUUCAAAAGUUCUCUAAAAUUUGAUUUUGGAUCUCAACCAGAAAUAUCAUAAGGUAAGGUGAAUAAUACACAGAAACCCCAAUAAUCAAAUGACCCCCUGUGAGCAAUCACUUUGCAACAGUGGGAUGGAAAAUCUCCCUUUAAACAGGAAAAAACUUCCAGAAGAACAGGGCUCGGGGAGGGGCGGCCAUUCUGCUGCAAACACCUUAAAAGAAACCUAAGGAUGCUUUACAAAAGAACUUUAAGAGUAGUUCAUUCUUAUUUUUUCUUAAAGUGCAUAUAAUACAAAUGUCAUGGUCCUGGUGUUUUGUUUUUGAAUUAUUAAUAGUCUUUGAUUGCAUUGUUAGUUAGUUUCUAGUCUUUGGAUGUCUGUCUCUGUGUUCCUUGUUUCACGUCUGAUCUAGUCAUGUUUUCAUGUCUGUGCUUCUCCUUGUUUUAGUGUCAAGUCCGUGUCUCUGUGCCUGUCGCAUCUUUCCUGUUUUACUUUGCCAGUCUCGUGUCACGUGCUCAGUGUUUUCAGUUUUGCUUCCUCCACGUCUCGUUAUAUGUGAUUACUCCCAGCUGUACUCUCCUCCUGUGUCUCAUUCCCUUGAUAUCCCUCUGUGUAUUUAAGCACUGUGUUUUCCUCUGUCUGCUGUUUCAUUGUACCCUCAUGUGGCUGUGUGGCUCUCCCGUGGUUCUCUUAGCUUCGCUGUUUAUUGUUUUCCUAGCUCCCUAAUGUUGGCUUCUCAUUUAGGUUAUGUUUUGUAUUUUUGUUGCUUGGAUGUUCACAGCAAUAAAGCUGUCUUUUUGAGUUUA